AUGUCUGCAGAUUCUCCCCGAUUUUAUACCACUCGUCUUGCCGAAGCUUGCCUCACGAACGAUACCGUUCGUGCCAGAAACGCACUGGCGGUUCAAGACCCUGUUACUGUUGACGCCAGGCUCUAUAACGAAUGGACUGCUCUUCAUGCGGCUGUUCACCAUGGAAAUAUAGAGGUAGCGCAGCUUUUACUUAAACAUGGCGCAUCCAUCAACAAACUAGGUGGCCCAGAAGACAAGACACCUCUACACAUGGCAGUCGAGGCAGGGUCUAAGCCGCUAGUUAAGCUUUUACUAGACUACGAUGCCGACCCAGAUAAAUUCGCAGUAGGGAUGACACCAUUACACCUUGCGGUGGAGAAGGGAGACCAAGAAAUCACCGAAUUGCUUCUUGAUGCAGGAGCCAGCAUCGAGCUUACAACAAGCGAUGAGGAGACCCCACUGCUUAUUGCUGCUCGCCAUGGUAUCCUUUCAAUGGUUAAGCUAUUACUAAGUCGAAAUGCCGAGCCCGACUCCAAUUCAGCGCAAAGUAUUACCAGCCCCCUUCUUCAAGCCUGCCAUGGCAAUCACUAUCAAGUCGCCAAGACAUUGCUCAACUAUGGUGCUGAUAUUGACAUUAAAGAUGAAGAAGGUAACACGCCUCUUUUCAAGUCGGUUGCUGCUGGCAAUUUAAAAAUGACAGAGCUUUUACUAAAACGAGGAGCAACUACGACUAUAACGAACAUUUCUGGAGAUACUCCAGAGGGUGUUGCAGCUAAUAAUGAGCAGAUACUUAAUCUUCUCAAAAGACGGAGGCCUCUUCAAGGUCCCCGGAUUAGUGAUAAACCUGGUCACAAAGGUAGGAAAAGAGCAAAAACGAUCGUACCUCGGUACUUGAAGCGUCCUUCCCGAGACGAUGUACACAAGCGGCAAAGCUGCCGCAAGUUUCAAAUUACCAUGGUUGAUUUCUACAUCAAAGAUAGAGAGUGGUCGCUACUUGCCACGGAUAGCGUGCAAAACGUACUCUACAGGAAGGGACCAAAGGCCAUUUUGGCAGAGUCUCGGACUGCGGCAAAUAUGCAGGGAAGUCCGAAUUUUACCUGGUAUCAUAUUCCAGCAAACAAUCUUACUUGGGUAGAGCAUCUAAUCACCAGAAUCAUGUCCAAGGGUAAUGCUUCAUAUGCCGACAAGCGUGAACGUGUUAGGAUGUUGGAUGAAAGAAUGCGGUCAGAUCUGUCUCUAAAUAAUUUUGGCAGUCGGGAUAAUGGUUCUACGACAGCUACUCCAUUCAUGAAACCGGCAUGCCAUGAUAUACCAGAAAUCGGAUCACACGACACACCUCAGAAGACACUGAUGCUUGUGUUACCAUUCCUUAAUUUGGAGACUUAUGCUUCCUACACUAAGAUGGCUGCGACUUUGAAACGCGCGCAACAGACUGAUGAACCAGGCAAUCGGCAGCCAAGAGCGCCAAGAGCCGACAACCACGAUAACAAAAACACGGUAUACACUGCCCCAAGGAAGGGUUACGAUGAGGCGUUAGAAACUAGAGCUACGGUUGCUAAGAGAGCAUUGUCCACGGGCCACUUGCCGCCACAAGAGCAUACCGAUGAUGAAGAAAAUAAAAGCAUCUGCUCAGCGCCUGCAGUAUUGACGAGAAAGGAAACGAAACCUGCUUUAUCUGCCGACUCAACAGCGACAGAAUCAACGGACAACAGCAUACUUGGGAUGAGGUGGCUGCGAAAUGCCCUCCAACAACGUAAGCACAAGCCAAACACGCCCGACGAAGACCUAGUACUGGGGUAUUGCAAUAACGAGAGGUCCAACGAAGGUGGACUACAACCGAGGCAGACAUUAGACCAAUAUGUUUAUUUACAUCUCGAGAAUAUUGGAGAACGCGAUAGCGAUCAAGUCGUGUAUAGAUAUACGAAGAAGGAGCAGCACAGUGAACCCAAAUUGUUCAUGGUUGAUCAACUAUGGAUGUGGAUUUUAGAUGAUGGCACUUUAAUCACAUGUCUUCCCAGACGAUGGGAUGUCGAAGGUGCUGGUCAAAGGCAUGACGGGAAACCUUCGCGAGCAGCUGAUCCGGAUUUUGCAACUCAAGUAGGCUUCGUCAAGGGAGGUCGAGGCCAUAAACAUAACCAGAGCCGUGCGGGUAUACAAAAGGCUUCCGAUGGUGAUGAAAAUGACACCUCUCCCGCACGUGAAGACCCCAUGGAUGUUCUCCAGACAAUGCUCAAAUAUUUAACAAAGACGCGCAGACCGCCAAUUAAAUCAGUACAUUCUUUAGCAACCACCUUGGUCUCUCAAUGUGUUGAUUUAUUUGAUCAUCACCGGCUUCCUGCAGACCUCCAAUUUUUUGACUUUUUUGAGAGGUCCAUUGCUCAGAUUGUUGACAACGGAACAACGGCUCUCAAGGACUUUAAGGAAGAUCUUGAAUAUAACAGACUUAGUAAUAUUACUAAGGAAACAGAGGGCCUUAUCGAAGUGGAAGAUAUUAUUGACGAACUUGGAACUCUAAAAACAAUUCUCACCGACCAAGAGGAUACAUUGAAAACUCUGAGCAAUACUCUAGGCUCGGUGAAUACCACGGUGUUGAGACGACAUCUCGCUAGAAUUGAGGCGAUGGAACAAUCAACAAAAAGCGCAGAAAAUAAAUUCUUUCGCUUAAUUGAUCUGAAGCAGAAACAGGCCAGCCACCUGGAAGCAGCAGCUACGUCUCGUCAAGGAAAUGCGGUGGUCCUCUUCACCGUGGUGACUAUCAUUUUCCUACCUAUUUCAUUCAUGGCAGCAUUUUUCGCCAUCAAUAUUGACGGAUUUGAAGUCGCUGAGAGUGGGAAGCUACCGCUCAGAUAUGUUAUUAAGUACAUGUUGGGCAUAGGGCUUGGCCUCUCUAUCCCGUUUAUUUAUAUUGUAUUCAACUUGGACACAGUCGCAAACGCGUUACGGUAUAAGUUUUUCUCCCGCAACAUCUUUGUUAUCGGUGUGAUGCUAGGAGCUGGGGCUAUUUUACCUGCUAUUUGGACAUCCUCUCUAUCGUCCAGUAUAAAGGUUACUCUUACAGUUGUGGUCGUUGCGAUAAUCUGCACGGGCUGUUUGACCUUGGUCGCUGGGCUAGUGAAAGACGGUGUACAGCUGGUGAAGUCAUCUUGGAGUACAGGAGAUUCCAAUGAAACGGUAGCAAAUGAGAAAUUGUAG